AUGCGUCAAUCCAUGUCCACAAUUUUGCUUCGCCUCGCCAUGCUGCUAAGGCGAGGAUUGUGGCGCCCACCGUCCCAACAUUCUCUCUAUAGCAUGCCUCCAUCUCGAAAGACCACCCUUCCAAGCACGAUGGCUAACAUUUUCAAUGCCAUUCGCCCGAACGGCAACCAGUUGACCGUUCCCUCGUCGCCCAAGAUGGUGAAACAGUUUUCCAAUUCCUCGACUUCAUUGCCGCCUACUUCACUGCAUGGCAAAGUCGCCGUCGUCACAGGCUCAGCUCGCUCCACCGGUGCUGCCGUCGCAAGAUACCUCGGCGAACAAGGUGCCAACGUCGUCGUCAACUACGUGAACGACGCCUCAUUGGCGGAUGGGGUCGUUCAGACCAUCCGCUCCCAAGGCAAAGGCGGCGCCAUCGCCGUCAAGGCCGACACAGUGACGCUCGAAGGCGGACAGCACCUCUUGGACGAGACGAUGAAAACGUUUGGCAGGAUUGAUAUCCUCAUAUUGAACGCCGGGACUUGGGGAGCGAAGACACUCGCUGAGACGGACGAGGCGUUCUUCGAUGCUCAGUUUAACACCAACGUGAAGGCGCCGUUGUUUUUGGCCAAGGCUGCUGCGCCGCUUCUUCAGUCUCCGGGCGGACGAAUCAUUUUCUUUUCGUCUAGCUUAACUGCGUCAUCUAACGUCACACCAAACUCUCUCUGCUACCUCGCCACUAAGGGCGCCAUCGAACAGAUUUCCAGAGUCCUCGCAAAGGAUCUUGGAAGUCGUGGCAUCACCGUCAACACAAUUUCGCCUGGUCCCAUCGACACUCCUUAUUUCCGCGAGGGCAAACCGCAAGGCCUCCUUGAUUCAAUUGCGAGGCAGAAUCCCGCUCAAAGGGUCGGCGAGCCUGAGGAUAUAGCCCCUAUCGUUGAUUUCCUUGCGAGCCAGGCUGCGCAGUGGGUGAACGGUCAGAAUAUUCGUGUGAAUGGGGGAUACGUAGUCUAG